UGAUACUAGCGCUGAGCACACGGGUCAAAUCAAACGUUCGCGUUAUUGACCUAGUGCAGAUCGUUGGGGACACUCCAUAUCUCAUCCCACAGCACGAAUAUUUAGGCGCUUGAGCUUAGCGACUGUGACGUAGCAAAUACGUCUUCACUUGAGCAACACGAUUCACGAACCUGCCGCACGUGGUCAUUUAUUCGCAUCGUUCGAAAAUGGGCUUCAUUAUACAGGGCCUCAACCUACCCGGUCGACGCUCGCUCUUGGCUGCAUGGGGGUCCUUGCAUCCAUGUGUAUAUGCCGCACGUUUAUAUUACUGCAAGAACCGACCAACAGCCGAAGUGGAAACAUCGCGGCGUCGGAUGCGCAUGCAGCCUGGUGUGCGAGGUUAUGCAAAUUCAUUUCUCGACAAUCUUGAAGAGAACAAACCUUCAGGUUUCCGAGAAGCGCUAGUGAACUCCGGUGAGUGGCUUAAUUUCGGUUAGUUGUGAUGAGUUAUGACCAGCCGCAGAGAGCAUUUUGUCUUCAGCAGGUACUGUCCAGAUCCAUAAUGGCUUUGGAGAAAUAUAUUGAAAACAUAUGUUUAGACACCUCCCCGAAGCAACAGUCUGCGGGCCCUCUCGAAGUACAAGAUCUUCCAGAAAUACCGCCAUUUCCCACUAGACCAACCCACCACAUAUCCUUGGAAGAUAUCACAACGUAUAUCCAACCACUUGUUUCGCGUCAGUGGACAGUCGGCCACAUCUGCACAGGAGUCGAUGAAAAUGAAAUACUCUCUCUGGACAGACAUUACAAGUUCAAGGGCUUCAACGAUGUCAUGGACUUUGUUCAAGGAGUCGCAGACAUCUCACGGGCAGAAAAGCAUCACGCUCGGAUCGUGAUUGAGUAUAGCACCGUGGACAUUGUCUCGCACACGCAUUCGGCGUAUGGCUUCGACCGCGUAGGAGAAGGAGAACUCGAGCCUAAGAAAGUUCCUGGGCUCACUCGUCGGGAUGUUCGAUUCGCUAUCAAGAUCGAGGAGUUGCACGAAACAUUCAAGGAACGAGGGCGCACGGUGCAGUCUGUACCAGCAGAUCUUACCCAGCUGCAGCACCGGUCUAUGAAGUCAGUGCUACGAAGAUAUAGCCAAAAGUAGGCAGUCGCGAAUACGAAGGAUGUCCACAACACAUCAUCGAGAAAUGCGAUGCACUGAUACGUUGGCUGUUGAUCAAUUGUCAAGAUUUCAAUAAUAAGUCAAAGAAACGCCCUCAGAAC